AUGGAGUUCACGCUCCGUGGAUGUUCCGGUUAUGCAAUGAAUAUUGAAAACAAUCUUCAUGCCAUUCAAGCUGUUGAUGUAUCAUCAGCAGUUGGACGAAUUAAUCAAGCGUUGAACUUUUCAUCUAAUACAUCAUUGUACAAAAUUGAAGGUUUCACUCCUUUAGGUCAAUCGAAUCAACCGUAUUCCGUUUCGCUUUGGACUCAACCAGCAACUAUCCAAGAAGCAUCACUUAUACAUCUCUCUGCGCAAAAUGACGGCCAGGGAUGGUGUAUUGAUCUGUUAGGCUUUCUUGUCAGUGGCGCAAUUCUUAGUCGCCGUUAG